AGUAACGUUCGAGUAGUUGCCGGGUACGCAGGGUCGUCGAAUUCCGUCGGUACUCUUGGCACCGUGCGCCAUCGUUGUUUAGAGGCUCGUUUUGCUGGAAAAAAAGGAACGGUGAAUAUUGGUUUUUUUUUUUUGGUCGGGCAGUGAGAUGAGCCGCCAGCUGUGGACAUAGAUUUUGUGCGGUACGGUUUCGAGCUGUGGCUUUGGUUGGUAGCCAUCCACGAGCAGGUGUGAAGGUGUUUUCUUCUGUACGUGUGCGUGUGUGGGAAACCUCAAAACAGUGCCACCAAAAAAAGAAAAGAGUUCUUGUCGGACUGUUCCAGUCCUGACGUGGAGUGUUUGUUGUUUCGCGAGGUUGACAAUAAAGUGCCGAUAGUUCAGGGCCGUCUAGUGAAGGAUACGCUGGUCAAUCACUGCAGUAUCAAACCCUCCAAUCAAGCCUAUCAACCAAACUCGAUGUGUUACCACCUACACCCAGAUCUCGUCCAAAACAUUCGACGAGCGUUCUCAGGUUAGAAAGUGCGCCAGAAUUCUCGGGUGCGGGUGAGUUACUAGCAAAGUGAUCUAGUGCUGUACUAGCUUGUUCAAAACCUGCCCAAAAUGCUCGUCCCGCCCGAAAUGAUAGCGGUCCAGUCGAAGCUUAUCUAUCAGAUGAACAAGUACUGUGCCGACCGGGUACAGGCCCGGAAGGCACAGAUACACAAAACCAUCCAGGAGGUGUGUCGGGUCGUGCAGGAUGUGCUGAAGGAGGUGGAGGUGCAGGAACCGCGCUUCAUCUCCUCGCUGAACGAUUACAAUGGUCGGUACGAUGGGCUCGAGGUCGUGUCACCGACGGAGUUUGAAAUCAUCAUCUACCUCAAUCAGAUGGGCGUGCUGAACUUUGUCGACGACGGUACACUGCCCGGGUGUGCGGUGCUGAAGCUAAGCGACGGCCGCAAACGCUCCAUGUCGCUGUGGGUCGAGUUUAUCACCGCGUCCGGUUACCUGUCCGCCCGGAAGAUCCGGUCCCGGUUUCAGACGCUCGUCGCCCAAGCCUGUGAUAAGUGUUCGUACCGCGAUUCGGUCAAAAUGAUUGCUGACACGACGGAGGUGAAGUUGCGCAUCCGGGAGCGCAUUAUCGUGCAAAUAACGCCCGCGUUCAAGUGUGCCGGUCUGUGGCCGCGUUCCGCUUCCCACUGGCCCCUGCCACAGAUACCGUGGCCCCAUCCGAACAUCGUGUCCGAGGUGAAGACGGAGGGUUUCGACAUGCUGUCGAAGGAGUGUAUCGCACUGCAGGGAAAGAAUUCCGCAAUGGAGGGCGAUGCCUGGGUGCUCAGUUUUACGGAGGCUGAAAACAAGCUACUACAAGGUGGUUGCCGAAGGCGUUGUCUUAGCAUCCUGAAGACGUUGCGCGACCGGCAUCUGGAUCUGCCGGGCAAUCCGGUCACCUCCUACGUGAUGAAGACGCUACUGCUGUACGAGUGCGAGAAGCAUCCGCGCGAGAUGGAAUGGGACGAGAACUGUAUGGGUGACCGUAUCAACGGUAUCUUUCUGCAGCUAAUCUCCUGCCUGCAGUGUCGCCGGUGUCCACACUACUUCCUGCCAAACAUGGACCUGUUCAAGGGCAAAUCGCCCGGUGCGCUCGAGAACGCAUCGAAGCAGGUAUGGCGGUUGACGCGGAUCAUGCUCACGAACUCGCGAUGCCUCGAGGAGCUGUAAAGUACACAGUGUAAGGCACACUAGGCUAAGCAAACGCGGUAAGAGGGAACCCCCCGAUGCUGUCCAGAGGGCAUUAAAAAAGAAAGAGAAGAUUGGGCGGGAAAGAAAGAGAGAGAGAGAAAGGGAGAGAAACCGUACGUACUACUAACUCUAGCGAGGUACUAAAUUAUUAUGCGCGUAUACUAUAUACACUAAGCUAGUUCGUCGAUAACUUAUAUCUUAAAAGGUGUUUUAAUCUACUAAAACAAAAUGGAUGUUUACGGGAGUGUGCAUUGAGCCCGGGGGGGGCGGGUUGAGUUUCACCAUUAAAGCAAUUUUGUUAGCUCAUCCUUGUUUUGCAAAGUAUUCGUGUAGACCCAUAAACGAUUGCUGAAAAAAAAAAUUAACGGAAGGUAUAUACUAUACCAUGUUCCUUUACGUACCCAUCUGACGUUUUCAGUUUGACAAAUUAAACCAAACCGAAGCAUAGUAUACAAAACAAACAUUCACACACACACACACAUACAUCCAAAACUAUUUGACAGGUGCUGCUCAAAGUGUCAAAAUGUGGCAAAACGCACAACCGAAUUGUUUUUCUUUUAUGGCUUACGUUCCUUUUUUUCCUGGUAAAAAUUCUCCAGUGCAUCACCUGGGGACUGUGAGCGCUAGUGGAAGUUUUGAAGUUAAUACUGUAGUACAACCAGCAAUCCUGGGUCGCAAUACGCUAAAACACAAAAAAACGAAUCAAAUCUACUAGAAUGUAAGGUGUACGGUGUAGUAAAAGGACGCUAUCGCGGUGUUUCGUGCUAACGAGUGUAGAACGAGAAAAGGAAAAAAACAAGAAACAAGUUGAACAGAGAAUUGUGAAAUUCACAAUCGUGUAGCAGGGAAAGCUAUUGAAACAGAUGAAAAGGGUAAACAAUUUACAUUAAAAAUAAACGAUUCAAUACCUUUUUUUUCAGUGCAGAAAAAAAGGAUCAACAAGAGCGAAAACGAUGGUUGUUAUUCGGUUAUCGAAAGAAAGCCGUCGUGAAAAUCUUCCUCCGGAAUUUACUAAAAAUGGUCAAUGUAGUAGUAGAACACGUUCAGUAGAGCUUA